AUGUCGACCAUCACCGGCGUGCCGACCUACACCUCCGCCCCAAUCAACACGACCACCACGGCCGCGGAGAACAGUCCCGAGACGAGGACCGACAGUGCAGUGCAAGGAGACUGGAAUCCACCGACUACGACAGAGAAUGGUGCAGCUACCACCACGUCUUCGGCACCAGCCCAGCCAGGCAGCAGGGCCAGUAUCCCGGUAGAAACAGGCAUACCUUUGUCAACACCAACAUCUACUUCGAGUCCUCCUCCACCACCACCACAACCAGGCGCCGUCCCAGAACCUACCUACAAUACAAAUAUCAAUACCGCACCAACAGGUACACAGCCUCGCCCCUCGGUUCCCCCUCCACCCAAAGCAGGCCAAGUGGUCCCCCCCGGCGGUGGUGCUGUUCCAAACUCGACUUCAACACCGUAUACAUCCGUGUAUCAACAGCCGCAGCAAUCAUACGCCUUGUCGGGCGCCCCCAAUAAUACAGACCCCUUCUCGGAUCUAGAUGAUACAGACGGGUUCCUUCAUUUAGCUAAAUCGUGGGUGCAGAGCGCUGGUACCAAGUUGGCGGAAGUGGAGGCGGAAGUGUGGAAGAGGAUCAACGAUGCUCAUAAUUAA